UAAGGCCGGCUCCAGAGCGGCGUCUAAAAAUACUGCUAAUGCGGAGUGCCUGCUGGGUGCCUUUGUUUGUCACCUUUGGGUGUUUGCUUUGAAAGGGGCUGGGCAGCGGGAGCCCAGCUCUGCUCCGCCGACCUCAGGUGAUGGUGAGCUGCAGCCCAGCUCGUCCCUGUGCUCCGAUAAGGGGACAGCAGGACGGCAUCCUUUGCCCCAGUGUGUGGGGUGGGAGGCGGGUGCUGUCCGUGUGGCUCCCACUGAGGUCCCUCCAUCUGCUGCCGGCCGCCAGCAGCUCCCCGCUGUGCCCACGGGAGCGGCUCAUGGGGUGGCGGAGCCAUCUGGAGCCCUGGCUGCUCUGGCCGUGGCACAGAGAUGGGGGGGAGGGUGGGCAGGAAAGGCAGGAAAUGGUGAGCUGAGUGCUCAGCUCCCACUGCUCCGCUUCUUCCGCUUCUCGCAGGAGAGGUGAGAGCAGCUGCUGCUUCUGUCUGGCUGCUGGAGCUGGGCCUUGUCCUGCUUGGCCGUGUUGGGAGAGGAGUGGUGCUACCCACAAGGUUGCCUUGCCUUUGGGGUUAAGGCCGUGUUUGUGGGGUCCCUGCUGGUUGUCCCCUUGCUGGAGGGACCACAUGCCCCAUCUGGCUCCUGGAAACGCUGUUCCCACGGGCAGUGCAGCACACACAGCCCCUACCUGAUGUGCUGCGUGGCUCCCGCUCAGCAAGUGCAGAACAAAGAGCUGAGAGAGGAGACUUUGCAAAUCCCCAUUGAUUUGCACAGUGGAAGCUGCUCGCUGUGUGUUUGCAUCUGCCUGCCUGGGACCGGGGCUCUGUGAGGGGAAUUGAUCAAGCUGUAAAACCCAGAACCAGCUAAUGAAAUAGGGACUAUAGAUUUUUAUUUUAAAUGGAAGAGAGUUUAGGAGAGAUUUAAUUAUCCCUGUUUUAUGGACCUGUUAGAAGAAUGAAGUAACAGCCAGCAGGUAGGGCCUCGGCUUUGGCUUGUGGCAUUACAUCCAGGUGUGCGCUGUUGGUGAAGUCCUGCAUCAGAGGCUUAGUGUGAAACAAAGCCACGGGAAGCAGAGCGUGGUGGGGUGAGAUUCCGCUGAUCCCAUCACGUAUCCCCACUUACGUGUGUGUAUCCAUGGAGCAGGAGCACACUGACAUCAUGGAGUGGCAGUGUCACAGGGUGGGCUCCUGUCUCGAACUAGGGCUCUCCCUGCCCCAGGUAUGGCACAGGCUCAUCCUUGGGCACCAGGGGGUCCCGGAGCCACAUGCUCACUGUUCUCUGGGUGUCUCCGCCAGGCCAUGGGCACUGAGCUCUUGCUGAAACCUGCGUACCUGUGCAGAGCGUGUGGGGUUUGUAAAUGAGCGCUGCAGAGCGCUGGGAUUUGCUGGGCUUAGAUGUGUGUCCGACACAAGCGGUAAUGCUGUCACUACAGCCACUCCUACCGUGUGCAUCCACUUUGCAGUCACGUGAGCCUGGCCGCGGGGCACGGCUGGGCAGCCAGCGCUGGCUGUCGGCAGCAAAGCGCGGAGCUUUUUGAUGCUGUUGGGUUUUCAUCUCUGAGGCGGAUUGCUGGCACAUGGCGUCUUCCUGCCGUCCCUUGGCUCCCUGCUUAGGGCCAGCUGUAGAAAUGUGGUUUGUCACCUGCUUUGUGCUAGAGGAAAGGUUGGCCGGUGGAUUUGCUCAACCAGGUAUCCUAGAGUGGGGUGCUUUGGGAGGGCUCCCUGCUUGGCUGCGUGCAAGGCAAGAGUAAGGGGAGCACUGCCCACAGCCUGCACCUCGGGAGCCUUUUUUUUCCAAUGGUGGCCUCACCAGUGGCAGAGACAAAGCUCUGGGCUUCCCUUGGCUACCCCAAAAAGCAGUGUGAGGUUCUAGCUUGAUCACAGAGAGCAGAGUGCCUGGCCGUGCUGUAUGUGAUGAGCUGCCUGCUCUGGGCUGAGCCUGCCUCGAGGUGACCGCAGGCUCCAGCACCUUGCCUGUGUCUCCAGGAAGGGGCUUGGCUUCGGUUCUUCCUCUCCUGGCCAGGCAGGCGCAGAGCCUGCUUCCCUCCAGCAGCUUGCCUUUUCCCUGCUGUGCCGGUGCAGCUCCCCGGCUGCGUUUGCUUUUUGAUCCAAGUGCCUUAGUUGCUUUUCUCUGUGUGCCUGCGCUUUGGGCGAGUGGUGAACAAUAAAAAUCUGCCGGCGAGAGCUGUAGCAGAGGUCAGCCAGCUCCUGUGCCCCAGGCUGCUCUGUUGUCACUGCACAGUCGUGCUUUGUGCACAGGGGCUGUCAGCUUGGAAAUCAUGGUGGCUUUUUUCCCUCUUAAAACUAUCCCCAGGCACUGGUGCAGGGUUUUCUGUGAGUGAUGUACUGGGGAGGUGUGGCAGCAAACUUCCUUUGUGCUUAAGGCAGUGGUCAGUGCCUGUUUCAGUGCAUCUUGAAAGCAGACCCCUGGCUAAUUAUAAAUCAAGGACAAAAGAGGGCAAAUAGUGGCUGCAAAUCGUGAAUUUGUCUGAGCUCCUUUCUGAAAAUGAUUGCUGCAGGUUGUCAAUGUCCCUGUAGGCUUCCUAAAAUGCAAAACAAAGCACCCAACCCAACUUCCUGACCGUCACCCACGCUUUCAAGAGGCGCUUCGUUUUGCUGAAUUGCUUGCUGCCAUCAGUUGGCUCCUGGCUCUGCCUGUGUCCUUUUUGCCAGGUGCUGCCGCCAUCAGCAGAAGGGCAGUGUGAGUGAUCCGGCCUGUGCCCAGCAGGUGAAGCAGCAGGGAUGUGUCUGGAGGCUGCCCCUUGGUGCAGUGUACGCAGUGUGCAGGCUGGGCUGGGUGGGAUGCUUGCAGAGGAUGGCAGGCGAGGGAGGCAGGCUGUACCCCUGCUCCCUUGGGUAGCUGUGGCCUGGGGGAGGUGUGGUCUUUGCUUUAAGGCAGAGCUGUAUGAAUGGAGUGUAAACAUGUGAAGGGCAAAGCAGUGAGAAGUCCUGAAGCAUUAUGCCCUGUAGAGGGAAGGAGUGGCAGGGCUUGGGGACUGCCCGGGUGGCGGGGUAGGGAUGAAUGUGGAAGCGCUGGCUCUUCUCCCCCUGCCCAUGUACAGCUGAGCUGUGGGACUGCCUGUGACAGGAUGAAAGGAGGUGGAGGUGAGCACGGUUCACUGUGCUUGUGGCCAUAGGAGGGGGCCACCACAGGCUGCUGAAUGCCUUCUGACAGCUGCUCAGGCUGGAGCACCCCAUGGGUUGAGCCAGGGUGCUUCCCCUUGCUGGAUGCUGCUGAGCUACAGAGAUACCUGAACUGCUGCACCACAGCCUUCUGGUCACGUCGCUUAGGUUGUGCAGCUGUUUCUAGGGCAAAUGAAGAAAGGUAGAGAUGUGUCUGCAGAUUCCUGUCCUGAGGAAAUGAAGGCUUGCGCAAGCUUACUGUUUAUUUGUGAGUCUUCUCUCUGCUCUGAACUUGCUGGCUGGUUUCAGUUAAGAUCAGCAGUGCAGCAGCUAUCUCAGAGGUCUGGAGAGGAAGAAACUGCUAGUUCUCCCUCUGCACUGCAGCUCAGCCUUGCUAUUAGACAUCAGAGAAUCCACGUGGGAGAGAGAUCGACAGGAAACUGGGUGUUAUCAGUUCCGCUGCCUUUGCAGCUCCUCGCUCCUCAUGUCAGCGUCUCCACGCGUGUGGCUGGAGGCGUUUGAUGGGAGUGCUGGCAGCCCGGGGGUGUGAGUGGGUGGUGUGCGAUCGCUGCGAAGGCGUCCUUGCCUCCCCUGCCAGCGAACUCAGCUCCACCAAGGUGUGCAAAGCGGGGAGGGAGCUCCUCUCCUCAGCAGGAAAGCACCUCACCAUGCAGCACCUCCUGAUGUUGGGGUGUCCCGUGUCACCUUGUCUCUGUUGGGUUUUGGAUAGGGUGGGGAUUCUCCUGCUGUCCCUCCCUGAAGGCUGGGAACUCCUUAGUGCUUGGUACCAGUUUCUUCUUGCUUGUUUUGCAGAUGGUGGGGAGGAUCUCUCCUGUACUUUGUGGAGAGGCUGGGGAGGGUAUGUCUGGAAGCUGAUGGCAUGCUGAGUGUUCAGGAGAGGCUGGGGGAGAGCCUGCCUCCACUGGGAGUCUUCCCCAUAUUGCUCCAAUCGCCCCAGCUAAUCCUGUGACAGACCUGACCUAUAUAUGGGGCCAGGGGGGUGGCACGUCUGUAGCAGCAGAUGGUGUCGCAAAGAGCCUGGGCUCAAGCAGGCUCCUGUUGUGCUGACCUCUAGCUCUUGUGAGGAAGAGGAUGGGCUGUGGUGAUCCUGAAUUCAACCUGUGCAGUUCUUUGUGACAAGAGCUAGGCAUGUGCAGCCUUCACAGCUAGAGCUGGAGGUCUCACUUGGCUCUGUGACUGGAGCGAGAGUCCCUGGUGGAGGGCGGAUGAAUGAACUCGGGAGCCUUUGUCCUGGCCCAGAAGCACUGGCUAUGCCACUGUCACUUGGGCUCCUUGUUGUGCUCCUCCAGGCUUAAGCCCGCAUCAAGAUGCUGUCACACUGGUGGUCAGCAGUGGCCUUUUACAUGGUGGCAGAGAGCCGGAGCAGCAUGAUGUAUUGGUGUUUGUGUAUACUGCUGUGUCCCCAAGACAGAACAGGGCAGGUGUGAGCUGAGCCACUUGUGCAUGCCCUUGCAGGGGCUGCUGGGCAGGCACACAGUGUGUCACAGGAACCACCUGGCCUGGCCAGGCACAGAGCAUGAGCAUUGCUUGCCAGAGAGCCACGUUCCAUCACUUGCUUCUCCUGCCAUUGUCUUGAGGACAUCAAUAGCUGCUGGCCACGGGGGAGCUGGUGCAGCUGGAACAUGCUGGGAGGGAGCAUCUGUACAGAUAUCUGUCAUCUGGGCCUCUGUGUGCUGUUUAUGCUGUUCUUAGGGUCAGGCUGUGUCCUGGCCACCUUGUAAGGUGCACUGCUAUUUCUGCCAGGAAAUAGGGGCAAGCUCAAAGUGCAUGGUGCCAUCUCCUCUCCCUCUUCGUCCCUGGCUCCUGAAGCCAAUAGUGGACAUUGAGGGUGAUCAUCAGCUCUUCGGCUGACCCCUCCUGGGGUGUCUGACUCCUGUCACAGCUGUGCCCUCUGCCCCCUGCCAGGGCACGGGAGCAGCUGUUGGGGCAGAGGGAGUUUGCCCCAGAAUGCUCUAUGCCUUGGGGAAGCCUUGAGGCUGCUGUAUGCGUCGUUGUGUGCCAGGAUUCGGGUGAGGAGGUGAGAGCAGGCAGAGCGGCCUCGAGAUGGGCCUGGAGGGAUCUGGGGGCGGGACAGAACCGAGCACAGCCGCUCGGGGUGAUGAUGAGCCUACCGGAUCGUUAAACCGUCGCCACGGCUCUGAGGUUUUCUUUAAAAGGGGUGAUGUUACAAAUUAAUUAUCUCCCUUUUGGUUGUUAGCACUUUAAAGCCCAGCUGUCAGGGGAGGGCUGUUUUACAGGCAUGACAUCAGGGCUGUCAGCUGGCUGGCUCUCAUACCUGGCGGUUUCUCGGCGUGCCGUAAGGCAGCAGCCCGGCACGGACGCGGCUCUCAGCUCGGGCCGCGCUGCCCGCGGGCUCCGCCUCGUGCUCGGUGGCGGGGCGCGGCCCUCGGCCGGCUGGCAGCUCCCGGCUGGGCGCUCGGCGUCUCCUGGGGGUUCUGUGCUCGCUUAACUCGGCGCGGGGAGCGGAGGCUGUCCUGAAGCAGCAGGCUUUGCCGGCCCCCAAACAAACCGGGCACAGAUGCCGUGGGAGCCGCGUGCGCCCGGCAGGCGGUGGGCGCGGGCAGCAGGAGCGGCCCUGAGCGGGACGCGGACGCGCGUCGGUUCUCGGGGCCGGCGGCGGAGCUUCCGCGCCCACCUCCUCGCUGCUCCCUGCGUAUCGACGCACCUCGCGGCAGGAGCGCGGGGGCGGCCGAUCCGCCGUCCGCACGGCCCGCCCGGAGCGGCCGAGGGGCCGGAGGCCCGGACGAGGCCUGAGGAUCCAAGGUGCUGGUGUCUUGCCCUGCCUGGAGCCUGAGGUCCUGCGUGCUCAUCCGGCUCCCGACGUCACCAAUGCGACCAUGGGAACUGGCAGUGAAUAGGCGGCCUCCCUCUGCCCCUUUUAACCAACGUCGUUUCUCAGGGGGACCCUGCAGCAGCCCUGACCACCUCCGGCGAAGCCCCCCUGCCAGGCGUCAGUGGGGACGACGCGACCGACCUCUGGCAACCCUGCUGGGCCAGGAUGAGACCCAGCUGCACCCUGCCUUCCCCCAGCAGCCGCACAUCCCUGUAGAUGAGCCCCGCGCCUACGCUCUCCCCAGCACACCGCCACGAAUGCUGCACCCGGCCGCUCACCCGCCCCACCAGAACCCAUUCAUGGUGGAUCUUCAUGACCAGGUGCACCAGGGACCUGUCCCUCUCUCCUACACGGUCACCACCGUCACGACGCAAGGCUUCCCCAUCCAUACCAGCCAGCACAUCCCUGGGUGCAGCACCCAGCAGCUCCCAGCAUGCUCAGUGAUGUUCAGUGGACAGCACUACCCGCUCUGCUGCCUCCCACCCCCGUUGAUCCAGGCAUGCGCCAUGCAACAGCUUCCAGUCUCCUACCAGACGUUCCCUCCAAUCAUCUCCAGCGACCAUUACAUCCUGCACCCGCCCCCGCCACCAGUGCCCCCCCACCAGCCGCCCCACAUGGCUCCUUUGGGGCAGUUUGUGCCUCUCCAAGCCCAGCACCCACGAAUGCCUCUGCAGAGGAUAGACAAUGAUGUGGACCUGCGAGGGGAGCAGCACCCCAUCGCCGGCUUCACGUACCCCCCGUCCCACCACGCUCCCACGCUCUCCCCCUCCGUGCCGCUGCAUUACCUCCCCCACGACCCGCUGCACCAAGAGCUGCCAUUCGGCGUGCCAUAUCCCCACAUGAUGCCCCGGCGGCUGAACACCCAGCGGUACCGGCUGCAGCAGGCGCUGCCCCCUCCGCCGCCCCCUCCGCCGCCCCCUCCGUACUACCCGAGCUUCCUGCCCUAUUUCCUCUCUAUGCUUCCGGUGUCGCCGACGGCCGUGGGGCCCACGAUCAGCCUGGACCUGGACGUGGAUGAUGUGGAGAUGGAGAACUACGAGGCGUUACUGAACCUGGCCGAGCGGCUGGGGGAGGCCAAGCCACGGGGACUCACCAAAGCAGACAUCGAGCACCUCCCGUCCUACCGCUUCAACCCCGAGAGCCACCAGUCCGAGCAGACCCUGUGCGUCGUGUGCUUCAGCGACUUCGAGGCCCGGCAGCUGCUCCGCGUCCUGCCCUGCAACCACGAGUUCCACGCCAAGUGUGUCGACAAAUGGUUAAAGGCGAACCGCACGUGCCCCAUCUGCCGGGCGGACGCGUCGGAGGUGCAGCGGGAGGCGGACUGAGGCGGGCGGGCGCCGUGCCGCGCAAUUGGUUACGGGAUGAGGACGUCGGGCCAGGGGCGGGGGCCGCUGCCCGCUGCCAGGGCCUGGCCGUGCGCUUACCCCCCCUCCCCAGAGCCUCUCCUCGGAAGCGGUGAGCGCUGAGCAGCCCGGGCUGCGGCCAGCCCUCCUCCUGCGCCGUGGCUCGGAGCGCUGCGGGGCCGAAUGGUGUUUGCUGGUGGCGGCCGGCCGUGUCCUCCGCACUGCAAAGACGCUGUCGUCGCUCCAUCACUUUCCAGGUCUUUGUACUCCGCUAGGGAUUAUUAUUUCCCCCCCA